AGAGAGACAGAGACACAGGGGGAGAGAUAGGGGGAGUCUCCAGCUUCUACCUACUGACUUUGAGGAGGAGAGAGAGAGAGAGCGAGAGGCAGUGCAGGAGCAAGACAACAAUAAAACAGCUUCAACUCCACCGGAGGAGGAGUUGAGGAGUACACUGACACCUUUUGCGAGCUCGGCAACAACAUCAGCAUCAGCACCAAGACCAUCACCAUCAUCAUCAUCCUCCUCCUCACCAAACGCCUGUGCCGCUAAACUAAGAAGAGCCAUGUAUCUCAACAGGGAGGAGAACAAUAGCAAAGGCUCGGUGUCCCUCAGUGUGUUCCUGGUCUCCCUAGCAGUGACAGUGUGUGCUGUUUGGCUAGUGGCUCUUUGUGGCGUCUGUGGUUGGUGUCAACGCAAGCUGGGGAAGAGAAAUAAGCCAGGAGUGGAAACGGCAGACACUCCAGACUCAGCACGUGGGCGAGGGGAGAAGAAAGCCAUCAAUGAUCUAGACAGAGACUUUUGGAAUAACAAUGACAGCAGCACAGUGCAGCAGAAGUGGAGCUCCUAUCCGCCAAAGGAGUUCGUACUUAACAUUUCUCCCUAUGCCCCAUAUGGAGAUCCUCGCCUCACACUCAAUGGGGCAGUGUCGGGGUGUCAGAAAGGUGCAGCGACGGGACAUGGGGAUGAUGGGGGUGGGCCUUAUCGCAGUGACAGCAUGAAGAGCAUGAUGACGGAGGGAGCAAAGGCUGGGAGAUGGCAGACUGUCCAAGGCCACGUGCAGUCUGGAGGAUUCAAACCCAGCAACAUUGGGGAUCCCGUCUUAUCCUACACUUCCACUCUGGAGCACAUCCCCACCGGCCCUGCCCGCCCACGGACGUUGCUACGCCAACAGAGUCUCCAGCAGCCCCUCAUCCACCCACCGGGCUCUGGUUUCGGCCAUCCUCCCACCACAUCCCAGAGUUUGGGACAAUUACACACAGCACCUGGACAGCCUGGGGGAGGCGGGGCUGCUGGGAGAGCAGAGGGAGGUGGUGAUGGCGGUGGUGAUGGUGGGGGUGCAGGUAAAAGAGCUACUCCACGGGCCACACGGGGCGGCCCCGCAGGAGCGGGUGCCUCUCGCUAUAGGGGAGGAGGUGCAGGAGGCCGCUCACGUGGCAAUCCUGGCAGCUGGGAUUACAUGAUGGACCAAAUCCGGAAUCGUGGCUUGGACGUCAAAUCCUUCCUUGAAGGAAAGCUGGUGGUCCUGUCUUUGGCCAUCGGUGUGGCCGAGCAAGAUGACUUUGCCAAUAUCCCUGACCUGCAAGAAACAGCGCAGGCAGCCCCAGCAGCCAGUCAAGAGCCCCCCCUUGAGAAGAGGGGCAACAAGCCAGCCAACAGCCCCAAAGGCCAACCCCCUGAUGCUGACGGCCACUCCUCCGUUGCUGACCUGGCCAACUCUCUAACUGGAGACAUGGUGAUGUUGUCUCCAGGUUCGGAGGAUGACGACGGAGAGGGGCCUAUCAGUGAGAAGCUGGGCCGGAUCCAGUUCAGCAUAGGCUACAGCUUCCAGAACACAACCCUUACGGUGAAAGUUCUCAGGGGCCAGGAAUUACCAGCCAAGGACUUCUCUGGUACCUCAGAUCCAUUUGUUAAAAUAUACCUGCUGCCUGAUAAGAAGCACAAACUGGAGACCAAGGUCAAGAGGAAGAACCUCAACCCCCACUGGAAUGAAACCUUCUUGUUUGAAGGUUUCCCCUAUGAGAAGGUGAGAGAGCGCACACUCUACCUUCAGGUGUUGGACUAUGACCGCUUCAGCAGGAAUGACCCUAUUGGAGAGGUCUCAAUCCCCCUUAAUAAGGUGGAAUUGGGCCAGAUAAAGACCUUCUGGAAGGAGCUCAAGCCCUGCAGUGAUGGCAGUGGGAGACGAGGGGACUUGCUGGUGUCUCUGUGCUAUAAUCCCACUGCCAACACCAUCACUGUGAACAUCAUCAAAGCUCGUAAUCUCAAAGCCAUGGAUAUCGGGGGUACCUCAGAUCCCUACGUGAAGGUGUGGCUGAUGCACAAAGAUAGACGUGUAGAAAAGAAAAAGACGGUGACAAUGAAGCGCUGUCUCAAUCCCGUCUUCAACGAGUCCUUCCCCUUCGAUGUACCCGCCCAUGUGUUGAGGGAGACUACCAUCAUCAUCACUGUCAUGGACAAGGACAGACUCAGCCGCAAUGAUGUUAUCGGCAAGAUUUACCUGUCGUGGAAGAGUGGACCAGCGGAGGUGAAGCACUGGAAAGACAUGCUAGCUCGGCCGCGCACCAACGUGGCCCAGUGGCAUGCUCUCAAGGCCUGAUGUCACCGCCUACCUUCCUUCAUGGCCGCCCUUCUUUCCCCCCACCCGUCCUCCCUCUCCCUUCCAAUCCCAUCCUUAUGCACAAGACUGACUUGCUGCCAGGCUGCGAAACACGGGUACAAUUAGCCAUCUGCUCUCGUAAACCUUUAAACUUUUUUUUUUUUCUUGUUCCCGCCAGCUCAUCUUGUUCCUCUUCUCAUAUACAUUUCUAUGUCUCGCCACUCCUCUCUUAUUUUUAACUGCCCGUACGUCCCUUUGCACUUUGUGGGGGCUUCUUGUUUCUAUGCGUGGACCUUCUCGGUCCUGAACUGCACUGCAGCCUGACCCACUGAAGGUGCCAGUCCCGUGGAAUCACAGGGAAUGUUAAUUAAGUGACAUAUAAUCCUAGUGUAUAAUAAUAAUUCCAGGUACACAAUUCUAUACAGUGUGUACUGUAUGUACUAGUACAUAAACACAUUAGUAUAUUAGGCUGUAGAUUGGCAGAACCCCCUCCAUACAAAUGCGUACUAUUCCCUCCCCACCACUGUCUCCAGUGUGCUAUAUCUUCCAUUAUUUUGCUGCUUCCUUUUAACUUAAGUUUGGCGGAAGUCGCAGAAAGCAAUCAAUACUUGGUUUGUGAAGAAACCAGCUCAAGUCAAGAUACUGUUGAUGAUCUCCUCGUUCCCCGUCUAUUCGCUCAUGUCCUCUUUAUCGUUCCCUCUUUCUCACCCUCUGGCAUAUUAUAGUGGACCCAUCCGAAUUUCCGUUCCCCCAGCAACCUUACCCUUGCCUCCCCCUCCACCUGUUGUCCGUGUGCUGUGGGUGCUGUGCUGUAGCUCCAACAACAAUAGAGGUUAAAAGAUAUACUGUAUAUGUACUGAACUUUCUGAAGCUGGGAAAGCGGGAACACGACAAACUCACCAGAUGGAUCGCUCCUGAUUUUUUCCAGACAAAUGAAAAAGGAAUUGACAUGGAGAGAGAAAAAAGAAGACUGAAGGGAAAAAAAAACAAACAAAAAACAACAACUCAAAACCCAAGACAUUACGAUGAUGUCAUUUUUCACAACAACGGAGGGAAGCGAUUUCAAAUCUUCUUGCGACAAAGGCAACGCAAAGUUUGUGUGCUGUUUUGUGUGCAUGCGGUCCGUCAUGCGCGCUCACUUCUAUUUGUGUAUUGAGCCUAUGAAUUCUUAGUGCUGCCCUGUGCUCUUGUUUUGCCAUGUUGUGCUGAAGAUCUCAGAGAACCUCUCCAUCUUCUCAACCUCUUUUCUCUGUGGCACAUCUGUAUUAAUGUGUGUCUGCCGGUGCAAGUACUGUAUGCUGUGUUUGUCUAUAUAUAUGUGUGUGUGUGUGUGUGUGUGUGAGAGAGAGAGAGACAGAGACAGAUGUGCAUACAGGAGCAACACAACUCUGACGCAGCAGUCUUCUCUUUUCUCUUUCUAUCUUCUUACUGCCAUCUUUUCCCCAUCCUCUACUGCCCUGCCUUCUUAACAAGGGCGCGGGGAAGUUCUAUCUGCACUUUUUUCGAACUGUAUUAACAAUAAUAACCUUAAGGAUGGUUUUUGAUGAUGAUUAUGAAGGGAGAAAUGUAUGAGAGGGGAGAUUGGGGUGUGAGGCUUCCUCUGUUCUGUGACUUGAGGGUGUCGAGAUGAAGAGGACACACAGAGGACGCAUGAAGGGCUCUCAUCCUCCUCUUUUUGUGCCUCUUGUUUUUUUUUUUCUGUGCAUGUUCACUGGCAUGUGUGUGGUGGAUUCCUGUUGGCAGAAAGGAGAGCUUUGCCUGUCACAUGGAGGCUUGCCAAGCCGGCAUUGUUAUGACACAAAGUGUAAAGCAUGAUCAGAGAACCAACUGAGUGACUGACAGCUUCUGUAUGUUCUUCCCGACGCUGCAAGCAUCCAAUAUGGAGUGGAUUUUAGCUUUGGUUGUGACCCAGGAUAAUAGAGAAUUUGAUGUCUCUCCACAUACUGUAUCGCUGUGUUUCACACUCUGUGGGUGUGAUUUUUGAAGUAGGACUGAUCUGUGACUGUGAGAUAUUGUACAAGCAGAUAAUCAUUUCCCCGGGUGCUGCCGACCAUCGCGGUUGUUUUAGCGGCUGCUUUGUUUGUCAGCUGAAAUUCCCUCACAGUAAAUCAAACAGCAUCGCAUUGACAGCAUCACAGUUUUUUUAGGAGCUACUUGCUCAAAAGCACUACACUUAAAUUGCAGUCGUGAAGGUCCCCUGAGGCAUAGUCCCGUCAGCUGUUCAGUUUGACUACAGAAACUGUUAUUUCAUUAUUAAUGAUAGGUUUGAGCGCAGUUUUUUUUGUCACAGUUGUAGUUGGAUUAUGUUGAGCUUGAUUUGGCUUCUUGUAAAAUGAAUGUUCAAUUUCUUUUUCAAGGUAUGUUGAGUGGAAAUUUUACGUCUGCAGUCUUCAGAAGGGUCAGCUCUGCUAGUGUCUUCUUAUCAGCUGUAAUUUCUAGACGUGGCCAACCAGGCAAAUCUGACAGGUCCACUUGUUGGUGUCUGGAGGAGAGAGAGCAGGUGUGAGAGAGCAUGUACAGUCAUCCCUUACUAUAUCGCGUUUUUUCCACAAAGUAAAUGAUCGCUCCGUCUAUUAUUAGUCAAAAUAUAUUGAAAUAUAAGUGAUAUUUUUGUCGUUAGAGGGCAGUAAUAACACACAACAUUGAGACAUUACCUUACGCUACCUUAAUACUGCAUGAAGUCAGCCAUGGCAUGACUGACAUGAUAGAGUGAAAAAAUGUUAUCCUCCCAUCCCAUGUGGAAGUGGUACGUGUUUGCCUUCUUAAGUUUAGCUACGACCCGACUUCAAUUCCAUCCUCGGCCAUCUCUGUGUGGAGUUUUCUCCGGGUACUCCGGUUUCCUCCCACAUUCCAAAAACAUGCUAGGUUAAUUGGCGA